GCGUGACCGGAAGCAGCGCUGUCAAGGGAGAAAAAGAGAAGAGGCUCGUUGGGAACAGCAAGUCCUGGCGGGGGAGGCGGACGGCGGAAAGGCGAGCGGCUCCUGUUUCAGAUUCGGAUCAGGAACCGGGAAGCUGAUCUCUGAGUCAAGCAGUAAAGAUGGUGAUCAAUGUCUGCCUGCCACAAUUCAAGCCGAGAAUUCACAGCAACAAGAUCUCUGCCGAUGGUUACGAAGUAGAAAAUCUCAUCUCGGAAGACCUCGCCAAGCGGAACCGUGGGUUCCGAUGUGAAUAUUUUAUCAAGCCCCCUGUCCAGGUGACUCUUUCCUUCCCCUUCGGCGUCGAAAUCUGCCGGAUUAACGUGGACGUUUCCUCGGGCAGCUGUCAGAACGUCACAGGGCUGGACAUUUGCACCUCUGCCUCGUCCGGCAAAGCCUCUUGGAACAGCCCGGAGUCUCCGUUCUCGGGUCCGGCUGGUCAGCCUGCGUUGGACAAGGAGGUCUUCACGCUGGUGGGCAAAGCCGUGCUGAAGAAUCAGAGCAAAGUGACCUUCAGCCACCGCGGUUUCAAGCCGAGGCCUCCGUUCCACCACCCGACGGACACGCUCUCCUCCUUUUCCGGCUCGGCUUCUCUGGACCUGUGGAACAAGGGCCCCGCCUCCCUGAGCGGCGUGUCGCACUUAAAAAUCUGCAUCACCCAUGUGGCGGGGAGCGGCGUCCCUUGCAUUAAGAAAGUGGAGGUCUGGGGCCAGCCCGCCAAAUCUUGCCCGCACGAAGUGGUGGACAGCAUGCUCCGGGUCGCCUCCGAAUCCCUGGCGCUGGGCUUCGGCGGGCAGGCGUCCAGCCUUCCGUCUCCCAUGGAGAGCGACGUGGUGCCUUUCGGCAACCCGGACGGCCAGGAGCAGAAGCUGACGGAGGCCCUGCGGGAUAUCCCGGAAGAGUUCUUGGACCCCAUCACCCUGGAGGUCACUUAUUGCUUCCCCAUGCACUGCUGCCCCUCGAACCCAAAGUCGCCGACCAGGGAGACCCUGGAGAGAUUACCACAGCGGAGCUUGUAGGCAACCUGGGGGCGGGUCCCCAGCGACCCGUUCACAGGGGUGGCUUUUGGCCAACACUCCCAGCCCCUCCCCCACCCGUCUCUGAAAGCGAGGAUCGACCACUUCCUCCUCCAGCACAACAUUCCCGGCACCAACCUGCUCGGGAGAGCUCAGGCCUCGGGGACUGCCGUUGCCUCCUCCAUAGCCAUAUCGUCUCUCAAAAGGAAAAUGGACCUCCUGGAGCAGAACCUGGGUCGCCACGGCAGUCUGGACCGCUCCUGCUUCUCGGCAACGGACUUUGUCGCCACGUCUACCUCGGAGUCCCACGCGAAAAAAAUGAAGAUGGAGUGCGAGGCGAAUGCCACCCAGAUGGACUGCUCGACAGAUCCAGCUUCUCACGAGCAGCGGCUCUCUGCGAGCUUAGACAGCGCCUUGAGCUCCAUGCCACUGUUCACAGCCAGUUUGACGAAAAGGCACCUGGCUGCAUGUAGCGGAGGCAGCGACGCCAGCCUGUUGAACCCCAGCAGCGGAUAUGAACGCAACAGCGGCGGGGCUCACCAGGGCUGCUCUUCCUGCCGCAGGACCUUCUCCUCAUACUUUAAGCCCGAGCCCGUUUACCAGCUCCCCUGCAGCCACCUCGUGUGUCGCUCCUGCCUGGCUGAGAAGCAGAAGUCUCUCGAGAUACUGUGCAUGAACUGCAAAAGGUCGGUCGCCACGCACGACGUCGUGAGGGUCCACUUCUGACUCGUCCGGGCGGCGCUAUCUUUGGAACGGGCGUUAGGGAAUCGACAGCUGAAGCUGAAUUGCACAGGGAGCCCCGGCGGCCGGUUCUGGACUCUCCUCGCCCGUCUUGAGCUUCAAAGCAAGCCAAGAGCGGAAAGGCGUGGUUCCGAAAAGGACGUUGCACUAAAAACGCAUCGAUGGGGCUGUAGCGUUUUGCUGGAGCCGAAGCUAUCCAAGGAUAAUAAAGCCAUACGCUUCCUUAAUUAAACAGAAAAAAAAGCAUUUGCGUACAAGACUGACACCCAUGUAAUUACACGCUGUUAUUUAGCUAUCUUACAAAGCCGGGGGACCCGGGCAUAGAGAGGGCUUCCGUGUUCCGAAGGAUGAAAUGAGAUCUGUGUUGGUUGUUAGGAAGAAAGUAAGAACGGAGGAGAAAACGUAGCUGAGAUGGUCAUUCGUGUGCCGCAGGGUUUUUUUCCCAGCUGUGCGAAAAGAUUGUGCCAGAAACAUGUACACAGGUUGCUAGUUCUGAAGAUCGAGAGGCUAUCGGGGAGUGGGUAGCGGUAUGGCGAUAGAGCCGGUGGCAAUUCUUCUUCCUUGUGCAAUCUGUGUGUGUAUGGCGGGGCGGGAGGGGGGAGAGUCAGUGUAUUGUGUAUGCACAUACAUGUUGUCACUCUUGAUUCGUGUUGUGCGACUUGGGAACGCAGUGUGGCUGGGGAUCCGCUUGCCUCCCGUCUAGCUGACGAAAGUUGAAGCCUUAAUAAAGUUACGAUCAGCCCCUGCUGAUCUUCGGGGGCUC